GGAGUCACCAGUCGGAUUUUCUGAUUCGUAGCGAUAGCAGCGCUUGAGAGCAAGUCCCAUAUAAUCUGUGCUUCUGUUCUAAGAUACUCCUUUUAUUUCAUUAACUGCGGUAUAGCCCGUUUAAUUUGUGAUUUUUUGGGUUGAUAAAAGUGCUUUACCUGAAGACAACGGUUACUUGAGGAUCAGUGAUGAGCGCCCAAGACUCGCCAUACUCUCACUCUGGUCGCAGUGACUCCCCACUCCUGAUAGGACCAGCUCCCCCCAAAAGACGUCGGUCUCCAACGUCUUCUGUUUCCCCAACACAUGGCGAUUCCCCAUCACGACAAUUUCCCACUUCCCCAACCCACAGCGACUCCCCAUCGCGACAAUUUCCCACUUCCCCAACCCACAGCGACUCCCCAAGCACACAUUCUCCCCAAAUGGAGAUCCCACGAACUGAACUCAUCCCCGCCACACCCCAGACAGAUUUUGGGGAUACACUCAGCUUUCCAAGCUCCCCCACAUCGGCCGCCGCUCCUACCAGUCCCCUUCCCACUUACCUCAGUCCUACGGAUGCAGGAUCCCAAGGAAGCUCCAGACGGAGUUCACUGUCAGCAGACAUAGACUCGAGACGAGAGUCUCUAAAUAAGAUGGCUUCUGGUGUCGUCAAGGACCUCAGGAAAGGCGUCAAGAACGUGUCCGACAACACAAAGAAAGCUGGCCACAGAGUGGUGGAUCAGAGCAAGCAGCUCACUAAAGAUGUCGAAGCCACCACACGCAAGGUCGUUGAUCAGGGUAAGCUGCUCGGUAAAGAAAUGGAAGCCACCGGACAAAAGGUGAAGGACCGGACAGUGAUGAUGGGCACAUCUGUACGGGGAGCGAGCCACUGGGUGGCGAUGCAGACGAGCAGGUCUGCUAAGCAGGCGAUGCAGCAGGCGAGGUCUGGGCUCAGCCUGGGCGAGAAGACGACGCUGUUCCUCACCGAGAAAGUCAGGACGUGGUCACGCAAGGGCUUCACGCACGUGUUCAUGUUCCUGAUGAUCGCGGCGUACACGGCGCUUGGCGCGGCGCUCUUCAUGGCGCUCGAGGCGCCCCACGAGAACGCAGAGAAACUCGUCAUCGAGUACGAGAGGAACCGUCUCAUAGACGACCUCUAUGUUGAGAGCCGCCUACACGAGCGACAUGAGUGGCGGGAGAUGGCGAAGGCGCGGCUACGGCCUUUCGAGGAGCAGCUACGCACAUCCUUCAGCCACGGCGUCUCGUCUGACACUGACAACCGCGUGUGGACCUUCUGGAAAGCCAUGUUCUUUUGCUCCACCAUAACUACAACUAUUGGUUACGGGCACAUGACGCCCGUGACGACGGCCGGCCAGACUCUGUGCAUAGUUUACGCAAUCAUCGGCAUUCCUCUCAUGCUGAUCCUCAUGGCGGACUUCGGUAAGCUCUUCACACGCGGACUUAAGGCGAUCUUCAGGCUGAUCUUCCGCAUCAACAGAUCUGAACAGUGCCUCAAGAUCCGCAGGAGUGCAUUAGUCAAGGGCUGUAAAUCUGGGAAACGCUGGCUGUGCCGCAAGAUUUUCUUCUGCAAGCCGUGCCGCGGUGAAGAGGAUAGUGAAGAAGGCACGAAGGAUGAGGAGCAAACUCUCGAGGAGCUCAUCGGGGACGACAACUUCAACUUGCCCAUAUCUCUUGCUCUUCUUAUCCUAGUCAUCUACAUUCUCAUUGGAUGUUUUGUAUUUCCGCUAUGGGAAGACUGGACUUUCUUUGAAGCGUUCUACUUCAUAUUCAUAUCGAUAUCAACGAUAGGAUUUGGCGACUACGUACCCCAGCAUCCAGGCUUCAUGAUGGCUACCACCUUGUACUUCAUAUUUGGUCUCGCCCUCACUGCCAUGUGCAUCAACAUCAUCCAGGAGAAAUUGACCAACACAUUCAGAGAAGCUUCGUUGAAAAUGAAGGAGCGAUUCAGUAGCAUCAUGGCCAAGGCCGAGCAGGAGGCCGAAGAAGCAGCUAGGAUGAAGGAGCUCGGGUCAUCUAACACUGACAUCGCAGCCGUGCACCGUGACAGCAAAGCCAGCAAAGAAGACGACCUGGAUAAACCUCGUUGAAGUCGUACCGUCCACACUUGAUAUGUUUGAAUAAUGUUAUAACAUCCUUUAUAUAAUUGAUGGUAGUUUAUGAUUAAAACUACCACAUGUUUCAAUCGCAGUAGAAUAUUAUCGAUGGUAAGAAAUUGAUUUCUUUCCGUCUUGGAACAACUCCGUAAUAUUUAGAUAAUUGUUAGAUAAUACUUAUAAGAAUGUAUGAAUAUUGUGUAUCUAGAAUGAAAUUUUUGGUGACUGAAUAGAGCAGGUACCGCAUUAAAUCCUCGAUAACUUAUUGAACUUAACUGAAUAUUGUAACAGCGGGGCAAUGACUUGCGUGAAGAUAACUUGCGUGAAGUACUCGAGUCGAUAAAAAUAUUCGAACUGAAUUCAGAAUGAAUGUUCGCAUUAAGUGUGCAUCGACAUGCUGAUAUUAAUGAUAUUGUGUAUCGCUAUGUUGUAUUUCUAUGUAUUUAAUUUUAGUUUUAAUGUGUUAUAAGUGAGAUAUAUAAUCCUGGAGUUUUAUAAUAUGAGUGUUGGUAGCCAACUCGUAUAUUUUAGCCUUUCAUUCCUUGUACAUAUCACCUGCCCCAUUGAAGUCUUCAUCAUGUUAUAUCUCGUCGCCUAGGAUGGCAGAUUAUUUGUACGCAGUGGUCACUAUAGGCAUGAAGUUGUUGUUAAAUAAGUAAGUAAAUUUAUAUAUAAGUGAUGACGCGUAUAAUUAUUGCAUGAUUAGUUUUUGUAAUAUUAUGACCCUUCAGUCACGUUCUCGAUGAACGGGGGUGCAGCCGUGGGCCACAAAUCUAACCAAAAACCGCUCACUCGCUCCGCCUCUCCACCUUCCCUCAGCCAAUGAAGAAAGAUUAUAGGUCCGCUCUGUUUUGUUUUGGGUGGAGAGUCGGGGGCAGUGUGAGUAGGUUAAGCCAGAUGUGGGUAUGACCGUGCUUAGCUUGAGCAUGCUUGAGCUUUAGUCGUGGACGUACGGAGAUAUGGCUGUAAUUACUUAACUAAAUAUAAGCCCUAAUGCGUGCUUGCCCGUGGAAAGGAAUACUAGUUAGAGUUUGGACUUGGGCUGUGCUGACCUCUAUCAUGCAUCUCUUUAAGUCUCUAAGAGGAUCAGCUACGAAAAAAAAUCAGCAUUGAAGAUGCUGGGCUAAAUUGAAUUUCACCUGAAUUUCUGUCUCUCAUUACUUUCUCGAAACAUUUUACGCAUUGUAGGAUAAGUAUGUAGUGAAACAUAGUUUCUCACGUAUAUAUUUCAAAGCCGUGUUCGAUAUUAACUAAGAUUUUGUUAUGAUAUAAUCAUAAUUUGUUACGACGUUUAGACGAGACAACAGUUUUAUGUCAAGUAAUAGUUUCAUUGUAAUGAUCUAUUUAUAAUGCGCCUCCCAUAAGCAAAUCGAGCGCUGGUAUCCAAUGAGAAAUUGAGUGCCUCAUUACCUAAAGUAUUUAUUAAAUAAGAAGAUUUAUAAAUGUUCACACUUCGCUCAAUAUGUAACGCUAUCAUAUGGUCAUUAUAAUGUUACUUCCAUAUCUUGUACAUCAUCUUUAAUUUUAUGUAUUGUUCAUUCAUCUCAAAGUGUAAUUCAUAAAUUGCACAUUCACGUUGAUAAUAUUCAGUUUAGUUUGGAUAAACAAGGGAUAUGUUUCCGUAUAUUUAAUAGGUAUUUCGUCAAUAUCGUGCAACAAUCUUUCAUAUAUAUAGACUAAAUUCUAACUUCUACAUCAUGGCUCGUGCGAGGGUAAGAUUAUAACGAGUCAGCUGUGCUUCUAUGCUUUUGGGAUGGCAACGAGGGAGAAAAUUUCUCGUUACGCUCGACUCGAAAUUUCAGAUGAAUCAACUUUUUUUUUUUUAGCAAUGACCCUAAUUUUACUGAGUUAGUGUCCCAUAAAUCUGACAUGUAGUUAUUUUUUUCAUCUGACUCACGUAUAUUAAGAGCCUAGUGUCUUACAUCUUAUUUUUCAUGUAUAUUAGGCCAUAACGUUGACUUAAUGCUAGUCAAAAAUCUAGUGCUUUAAUUAAUAAUCCAAAUAUUUAGUAGUCAGAAUAAAACUAAAUUUUAAUUUAAAGCGGAAAUCAAAUGAUUACUCCAGUGAUUAAAAUAUGUUUAAGGUAGGUUAAUUUACAUCACGAGAAGUAUUCGUCUAUCUCGUCCUAAUAUAUAAACGGCCAUGUAAGGCUAAUUUUGCUAUGUUUGUUGACAAAAAAUAAUAUUGA